CGCCCCGGCCCGGCGGGAUGGCGGAGGGCUGAGCCCCGCACCAGCCCGAGCGGCCGGCAGCGGCAUGGAGGCGGCGGGGCCGUGCCCGCUGCCCGCUAACGAGUCGUCGGCGGGCGGGCGAUGCGGCGCGGCGGGCGCCUACCAGGAGGGCACGCCGCUGGGCGGCAAGGUGGUGCUGGCCGCCGCGCUGGCGCUGCUCACGCUGGCCACCAUGCUGUCCAACGCCUUCGUCAUCGCCACCGUGUCCCGCACCAGGAAGCUGCACACGCCGGCCAACUAUCUCAUCGCCUCGCUGGCCGUCACCGACCUGCUGGUGGCCAUCCUGGUCAUGCCCGUGAGCACCGUGUACACCGUGACGGGCAAGUGGACGCUGGGCCAGGUGGUGUGCGACGUGUGGCUGUCCUCGGACAUCACCUGUUGCACGGCCUCCAUCCUGCACCUCUGUGUCAUCGCGCUGGACCGCUACUGGGCCAUCACGGACGCCGUGGGCUACUCCAGCAAAAGGACUCCCCGGCGGGCGGCCGGCAUGAUCGCGCUGGUCUGGGUCUUCUCCAUCUCCAUCUCCAUGCCGCCGCUCUUCUGGCGCCAGGCCAAGGCGGACGAGGUGUCGGACUGCGUGGUGAACACGGACCACAUCCUCUACACCGUCUACUCCACGGUGGGCGCCUUCUACCUGCCCACGCUGCUGCUCAUCGCCCUCUACGGCCGCAUCUACGUGGAGGCCCGCUCCCGCAUCCUGAAGCAGACGCCCAAGAAAGCGGGCAAGCGCUUCACCCGGGCGCACCUCAUCACGGACUCCCCCGGCUCCUCCUCGUCCGUCACCUCCAUCAACUCCAAGGCCCCCGAGCCGGGCAGCGACGCGGGCUCGCCCGUGUACAUGAACCAGGUCAAGGUGAAGGUCUCCGACGCCCUGCUGGAGAAGAAGAAGCUCACGGCCGCCAGGGAGCGGAAAGCCACCAAGACUCUGGGGAUUAUCCUGGGCGCCUUCAUCGUCUGCUGGCUGCCCUUCUUCAUCAUCUCCCUGGUGCUGCCCAUUUGCAAGGAUGCGUGCUGGUUCCACAUGGCCAUCUUUGACUUUUUCACGUGGCUCGGAUAUCUCAACUCCCUCAUCAACCCCAUCAUCUACACCAUGUCCAACGAAGACUUCAAGCAAGCGUUUCAGAAACUGAUCCGCUUCCGAUGCAGCGGCUGAACGCGGAUCGGCCUGGACGCUCCGGAGCGGCUUGAAUGCGCAUUCGUGUCCGAUUCCGCAG